UAGGAAUUAAGCGACGAGGCCUGGCGAGGAUUUGAAAUCUCCCUUUCGCGAGGAAAAUGGCUCUUAACAAGGAGUCUAUGGAUUCCCAUUUUUCGUUUGUUCCAAAAGUUGUAAACGGCGGUAUCGCUGGGAUCGUUGGUGUAACCUGCGUUUUUCCAAUUGAUCUGGUUAAAACGAGAAUGCAAAAUCAACAAGAUGGCAAGAAGUUAUACAAAAAUGUUUUGGACUGUGCUGCAAAAACAUAUCGUGCAGAAGGAUUUUUUGGCAUGUACAGAGGAAGUGGUGUCAAUCUUCUUUUAAUUACACCAGAAAAAGCGAUUAAAUUAGUCGGCAAUGAUUUUUUUCGUUAUCAUUUAAAACCUGAGGACAAACCUUUAACUCCAAUUCGUGAAAUGUUUGCUGGAGCUGGUGCAGGAACUUGUCAAAUUAUUAUCACUACACCAAUGGAAUUAUUGAAAAUUCAAUUACAAGAUGCUGGUCGAACAUCAAUUCCUGUAACUAACAGCAGUGGUACAGUAGUAGCGACACGACAGACUGCUACUCAAUUGGCCAUUAAAUUGGUUCGUGAAAAAGGAAUAUUUGGUUUAUAUCGUGGAAUGGGUGCUACAUUUUUACGUGAUGUUUCAUUUUCUAUGAUAUAUUUUCCAUUAUUUGCAAAUUUUAACGCUUUAGGUCCAAGAAGAUCUCCAAAUAGUGUAGAGGCUGUUUUCUAUUGGUCAUUUCUAUCAGGAUUUUUAUCAGGAACAAUAGCUGCAUUCACUGUGACCCCGUUCGAUGUUGUUAAGACUCGACUACAAACAAUUAAACAUAUUGAAGGAGAGAAAGUAUUCAAAGGAAUAACAGAUUGUUUUGUGCAAACAUUACGUAAUGAAGGUGUUCAUGGUCUAUUCAAAGGGGCUGGUUGUCGUGUUAUGGUUAUGGCACCAUUGUUUGGUAUAGCACAAACUGUGUAUUACCUUGGUGUUGCUGAACGAAUUUUAGGUUAUCCAAGAUAUUAAAACAAAAAUGAAUGAAAUAUACACAUACAAUCAUUCAUUUUCAAUGCAUAAAAAUGAAAUGAUGCUUUGAUGCCCUGCCGCCAAAUGUAUUCAUUCAUAUUUACACAGAGGAUAGGGGAACAGUAAGGAAAUAAUACCAAAAGUGUACUCUUUGCUCCAAUUAACACGGGCGUUUUAUUAUUAAGUUAUAACUGUGAUUUUCUAUUUAGUUCGUCUUUGUAUAAUUAAAUUUCCUUAUACCUUGUCCGUAUACAUUCUAUGGACACACACGCACACACCUUUAUAUAUACUGAAUAUUGGUGAUAAAAAGUGAACGAAUCUCUGUUAUAUUUCCUCUUAAUCCUCUGAAAAAAUCUCUAGGCAACAUCCAUCUUUGUUUAUUAUUUAAUAAAAGCGGUUGUUUUUGAGUGUACAUAUGUCCUGAUUAAUUAAUGUAUUUAUUAUAUACAUUUAUUACAUUAUCAUAUCUGACUAUGUAACUAGUCAUUAUCAUGUUAAUUAUUACCUUUAUUGUUUCGAUUAUAAAACAUUUUCCCUACUUUUCUUUCAUGUCUUUCUUCUCCCCCCUCUCCCUCUCUCACUCUCUGUCUCUCUUUCUUCAAGAUUAUAUUUUUAUAAAAUUUGACUGAGUUUCACCUUUUUAUUCUAUUUAUUUGUUAUUAUCAUUAUUCCGAAUAAAUUAUAUGUUUCCAUGUUUCUUCGUUUUGUAUAUCGGUGUUUAAUGUUUGUUUCAUUGGAUUUUCUAUUCACCUGAUAACUAAACAACUUUGAUAAUGGAUAAUUGAUUAAUGUCUUGUAGAUCAAAGUAUUCUUUUCAUGUGUAAAGUUGCUAAAGUUGGUCGAUAGGAAACUUUGCUCAAUUUAAUUUCCUUGCUAUAUGGCACUGUUUACUAGGGCAUACCCAUAGUCUGAAAAGGAAUUUAUAGUCUCUUGUGGAUUUGAAUUCACGUCACCUAGCUUCAUAGGAUGGGACGUUACCAUUGAGCUGUUCGAGCCAAGACUAAACACCUAUAAGACUAAGAUAUUUGCAGUUGAUUAAUCAUUGAGUAGUUUUUUGAUUUCUUAGAGAAAGGUUAACAAGUUUUUUAAUCCUAAUCUUUCCUUAUGUAAUUCGUUUAUUUCGUGUUAAAAUUUAUUGUUAUAAAUUAGUAGUACAUACUGAUUUGAAGCGAUAGCGAAUCCACCUACUAAGUUGUAGGUUCGAUUUCUACUCUACUUAAUUUUGAGUUCAGUAACUGGAUGAUACCACUAAAUCUUAUGCAAAAGGUGUAAUCCGUAGCGGAAUACCUAAAGUAGUAUUUGCUAAAUGAGAUAUACAACAUUUUUCGAACUCUUUUAUUCAUUACAAAUCAAUAGUUAGGUUUUAUGGUUUACAACACGAACUAACCUUAGACAAUUAUUGGAAACCAGAAAACGCAACCACAGCGUGACUCUUCAGCAGUGCAUAUUUACAGGCUCACUGGUAAUCGAAUUAGGAUCUGGCCUCAUUGGAUUGAGUCAGUUACCCACCAAUAACAUGAUCUUAUUCUGGUUGCAUGAUAUUUUGGUAAUGAACUGAAGUUAAGCGUGUAACCCACUAGUUGUAUACUUAGUGGUCCUAUAGUUUAGUGCUCCUCAGGAAUGCUAAAGGUCUUGGACCUAGUCCUCAGUCGGGUUGGUGAUGCUCAUAGCUGAGGAAUUCCAUACUAGAAUGAAACAGAUGUACUAUAUUUUGUGGCUGUCUAGCUACAGUCAGUUUGUGAUGUAAGCUACAAAGUUGUUAGAUUCCAGUAACUAUCAAAUAUCUUUUAAUUUAGGUGAUAUGUUGGCGGAGGAAUAAUACGAUAGCGAAAAUACAACUAACCUCUAACACUACAAUUACAACUGUGUUUGAACUGUGAAAUGCUUCUAUGUUCUGACUAUAUGUAAAUUUAAUGAUAACUGUUUAGAUAAAUGUAAUAUAGCAUUUUAACUU